AUGCGCUCCAACAACGAUACCUCCGGGCGACCUCGCGACUCCGACAAUGAUAUCCCGUCUUUACGUCUACCACCGGCGCCGCAAAUGACGUUUUGUUUUGGCGAUGAAUCUUCAGUUGGUCCUCUGACGGGAAACCAGACAUCAUCAUUCGCUGGCCCUCACCGACACUUGCGCGACAACAAGAGGAAAGCUCACGGUGUCGUCGAGGGUUCCGAAGCCCAUCACGGACGAGCCAGGGGUCUCUCUCAUCAUCGACACAAUCAUCACAGCACGCCAGAACCAGAAAAGGAGGUCGGCGCAAGCGGGAGCGGGAGCGCAAGAACACAGCCCAAACACCAGAACAAGAGUUACACCCCAAACCAGCUACUCGACACCUUGGACCACGUUAUCGAAGAUGCUGUUUAUCCCAGGCCAUCCUCUGCCACCCCUUCCAACGAUUUAUCCCAAGCACCCUUUAGCCCCUUUAUGUUUAGCACCGGUCCUGCGUCCGCCGUAAGCGACACAUCCUCGCGGCGCAAUUCCAUCUGCUUCUCCGACGACUUUGACAUGGCCAGUAUUGCGCCAAGCGUCCACGCCGAUGAGAAUGACACCGAACAAGAAAAUGAGCAUCUCGGGUCUACUAUGAUGGACAGCGGUAGCGCUCCCCAGCUCAUCAUGCCAAGCAUCAAGAUGCCCAGCCGGCGACCUUUUACCGACCAAGGGAAAAGCAUGGGCCGGCUCAAGGUCCUGGUUGCUGGCGACAGUGGCGUAGGAAAGACUUCGUUGAUCAAGGCCAUCGUCCAGUCUUGCAAACACAUUGUGCAUGUUGACCCGAUCACCCCGUCGCCAAUGUCACCUCAACCGAGCUUGAAGGGCUCCGUGAAUAUAAAAGGAAAACAAACCAAAGGUGGCUCACGGCCAAGCAGUAGGCGACAAAGCUCGGAUGGAACAGGUCAAAUCACCGAAGUUUAUGCCAGCACAAAACCAUACCCUCAGUGGUGGUCCGAGAUUGAUGACCUCAAUGUGCUGAAACGCAGAAAGAGUGUGGAGGAUACCGUGCUGGACCGUAAUAUUUGCUUUGUCGAUACUCCUGGCUAUGGGAGUGGAUCGUCUAGUAUGGAUACCAUCACACCCGUGGUGCAGUAUAUCGUAUCCCAGAUGCAGCGCAUGAGCGUUAAUGCCCUAAAUGACGGAGAUAUGUUGAACAUGCUGGGUGGAGAAGGCGGUGUUCAGAUUGAUGUUGUUUUCUACCUGGUUUCAAACAGGCUUCGUCCUGUUGAUAUAGCUUACCUCAACCAACUUAGCCCUCUCACCAACAUUAUCUUCCUCUUGUCCCAGGCCGACCUUAUGUCACCCGAGCAAAUAUCAGCCAGCAAAGAACAAAUCCAGUCACAACUCCGAGAAGCAAACAUCCGCCCCUUUUCCUUCUCCAUCACACCCUCGAAAACAGCCUCCUCAUCAACCCUGUCUCCUUCGCCCACGGACCCCGCAGCACAGGGUGUAUACGCCAUCUCCAGCGCCGCCGGCUCAGACCACGACAUGAUGGACGCAAGUCUCCUUAUGAGCACAAACUACGUCGAACCUCUCGUCCCAUCAGAACUCACCCGGCUCGUCGAACGCGUCUUCAGUCCCGACGGCGCCUCCUGGCUCCGCCACUCCGCAGCCCGCAAGUACGUCCAAUGGCGCAAGGGACUGGUACCCGAGAAACCAUCCGUCCCAUCACCCACAUCGCCCAGCAGCGUCUUUUCGCUAUCCCCUUCCUCAAAUAACGGCCACUCCCGCCCUGGCACCGCAUCAUCCUUCCUCAGCAGGUACAGCACAUCCGGUGGUCCCCUUGGCGCCACCUCUUCUUAUGCUCUCGCCCGCAUAACCGACCAUACUCAGCGCGAGGAACGACUGGCGCAAGUGCGCCUAGCGAACUGGGCCACCGAGCUGCAGAAGAGCCUGGCCAACGAACGAGCUCAAUACGAAGCACUGGCGCGCAACGAACGAGCAGUUUGGUUAACAGAGAAAAUCGGCGAGUGCGUCGUUGAGGGAACCCUCGUUCCCAUCGCUUCUACCGGCGGCAGCGACAGAAGUAGUAGAGACAGGAGCGGCUCAAACAGGAGUCUAAGUACGAGCAGGAGGAGAGGCGAUACUGGACGCAAUGCCGAUCGGCAGCAGCAGCAGGAAAUGGGAUUGUUCGGGUUUGGUUAUCACGCUUACGGUCACGGUCAUCGGCAGCACCAGCACCAACAUCAGCAGCACAGACAAAAGCAGAGGCAGAGGGAGACGGAUCCGCUGGGCUUGAUGGAGAUUGCUGACGAGUUGAUGUAUAAGAGCCUCAUUGCGCUGGAGGUGCUGGGCAGUUUGGGAGUAUUGGGCGGGUUGGCUAUUUGGGUGGGCAGGAAUAUGCAGUUGCAGCCGUUGGAGUGGUUGGCUGGAGAGUUGAAUCGUGUUUGGCGGUGA